AUGAAGAUUGAAGGUAGAACCUUUAUUAUAUCAGGCGGAGCUUCAGGCCUAGGCCGAGCAUGCGUUAUUGAUAUCUGUCAAGCUGGAGGAUAUGCCGCUGUUUUAGAUAUGAAUGAAGAAUUGGCUGAAGAACUGGUCAAAGAAGUAGGAGGUGGAAAGAUUAAAUUCUUUGAGGCCAAUGUUCUGGAGACGGAUAGUAUCACCAAUGCUGUUAAAGGUGCUCUGGAAUGGGUGAAGGAAACUGGAAAGGAGGUUGGUGGAGUUAUUGCCGCUGCUGGGGUAUCUACACCUGCUAAGAUCCUCGACCGCAACCUCGAACCCUUCUCCCUCUCCGAUUUCGAUUUCGUAAUGAACGUCAAUGUCCGCGGCACCAUCGAUCUAAUCCGCCAAUGUCUCCCUCACAUGGCUCGCUCCACUCCUCUUAACGAAGAUGGCGAAAGGGGGGUUAUCAUUAUGGUUGCUUCGUCUGCUGCUUUUGAUGGACAGCCUGGCCAAGUCGCAUAUGCCGCUUCCAAAGGCGCAAUAGCAUCGCUAACCCUUCCCCUAACACGCGAUAUAGCCCGUCACGGUAUCAGAGUCGUAACUAUAGCACCCAGUCUUUUUGAUUCGAGGAUGACGGCUAUGAUGAGUGAUAAAGUGCGGGCGAGCUUGACAAGGGUUAUGGAGUUUCCGCUUCGACCAGGCAAACCUCAUGAAUUUGCACAGUUGGUGAGGCAAAGUAUUGAGAAUGUGAUGUUGAAUGGGGUGGUGUUGAGAUUGGAUGGGGGAAUGAGAAUGCCGAGUAAGAUGUGA